AAGUCUGAGCUGAGGCACUUUACCCUGAGGCUGCAAAUGAAACAGAUGUGCAUGCUGUGAAUUUCUGUAGUAUCUGGACUUUUUUUGUACCAAAGGUGAUAAUUAUUUCCUUCCUGUGAUUGUUUUUUUCCUUUAUUUUGCCCAUAUUUUCCAUAAAGGGAAUGAAAUGGAGAAGAUGAAGAAAUAUGUAUCAGUGAAAGAUGAAGAUCAUUUUUAUCAUCAGGGAGCUGUGGAGCUGCUAGUCUUCAACUUUCUGCUCAUUCUUACAAUAUUAACAAUUUGGUUGUUUAAAACUCAUCGAUUUCGCUUUCUGCAUGAAACUGGAGGAGCUAUGCUUUAUGGCCUUGUAAUGGGAUUAAUCAUACGAUACGCAACAAAAGCAUCAGAUGUUGAAAGUGGAACUGUUUAUGAAUGUGAAAAGCUGAAAUCUGGACCAUCCACUCUGCUCAUUAAUAUAACUAAUCAAGUCUAUGAAUAUCAAUACAAAAGAGAGAUCAGCCACCACAAUGCCAAUCAUCACCAAAGCAAUGCAAUGCUUCAAAAGAUGACAUUUGAUCCUUCCAUCUUCUUCAAUAUUUUGCUGCCACCCAUUAUAUUUCAUGCUGGAUACAGUUUAAAGAAGAGACAUUUUUUUCGAAACUUAGGAUCAAUUGUAACCUAUGCCUUUUUGGGAACUGCCAUCUCCUGCAUUAUCAUAGGGUUGAUAAUGUAUGGUUUUGUUAAGGCCAUGGUACACAUUGGCCUGUUAAAAGGAUCAGAAUUUCACUUCACUGACUGUUUGUUUUUUGGAUCGCUGAUGUCUGCCACAGAUCCAGUGACAGUCCUUGCUAUUUUCCAUGAGCUGCAUGUGGAUACAGAUUUGUACACACUCCUGUUUGGAGAGAGUGUCCUAAAUGAUGCCGUGGCUAUCGUGCUGACUUACUCUAUAUCUAUUUACAGUCCUAAGGAGAAUCCUAAUGCAUUUGAUGCUGCUGCAUUAUUUCAGUCAGUGGGAAAUUUCCUGGGGAUCUUUGCUGGAUCUUUUGCCAUGGGAUCCUCUUAUGCUGUUGUCACAGCUUUAUUGACAAAAUUUACUAAACUGUGUGAGUUCCCCAUGUUGGAGACAGGUCUGUUCUUCCUCCUAUCCUGGAGUGCCUUCUUAUCAGCUGAAGCUGCUGGUCUUACGGGUAUUGUUGCAGUACUUUUCUGUGGAGUCACACAGGCCCAUUAUACCUACAACAAUCUGUCACCAGAUUCCAAAAUGAGAACCAAACAGUUGUUCGAGUUCAUGAAUUUUUUGGCUGAGAACGUCAUCUUUUGUUAUAUGGGACUCGCACUGUUCACGUUUCAAAAUCAUAUCUUCAAUCCUCUUUUUAUAUUUGGUGCAUUUAUGGCAGUUGCUGUAGCAAGAGCUUGCAACAUAUAUCCACUUUCGUUCCUUUUGAAUUUGGGCCGAAACCAAAAGAUUCCCAGGAACUUUCAGCACAUGAUGAUGUUUUCAGGUUUACGUGGUGCAAUAGCAUUUGCAUUGGCUAUUCGAGACACCGAAUCCCAACCCAAACAAAUGAUGUUUACAACUACCCUGCUUAUUGUGUUUUUCACAGUCUGGGUGUUUGGUGGGGGCACAACACCAAUGCUCACAUGGCUUCAGAUCAGAGUUGGCGUAGAUCCAGAUGAAGACCUAAAAACAGAAGCUGUGAGCCAGAGUGCAACUAACUUGGAUAAAAAUACCAUGAAAGCUGAGAGUGCAUGGCUGUUCAGAAUAUGGUAUGGCUUUGACCACAAAUACCUAAAACCUAUCUUAACCCACACUGGCCCACCUCUCACAACAACGCUACCUGAAUGGUGUAAUCCUGUUGCCAGGCUUCUGACUAGUCCCAGUGCAUAUGGGGAUCGACUAAAGGAUGAUGACACAGAUUAUAUCAUAAAUAAUGAUGAACUGACUGAAAACUCUGAAUCAUCUCACAUGCCAGUGCAGGACAGAACAUGCUCUACCCAGGCUACAAGCAAGGAAGAUAUUGAUGAAGGAGACCUUGGAUUAGGAGGGUACAAACUCCAGCUUGAACACACUGCAGGUCAACACCAGAUGAAUUCUUUGACAUGA